AUGAGUCGAUCUAAUAAGUGUGGAUUAAUUCGUGACAUUCCAGCACGACGAUUACCAGAAAAUCGAUCUGGUAUUACUCUGGUUUGGCUUGAAAAUACAUCGUGUUCAUCAUGCGAUGACAAUCAGGUGCGACUGCAUAGUUUUAGCAAUCGAUGUUUUAUUGUUUAUUAUACAAGUAUACCGAAAUGUAUUAGAUACUUAAAGCAAACUCAAUCACGUGAAUAUGUCAUUGCUAUUAUUGUGUCUUAUCCAAUGGAAACAAUUCAACACAUUAUUCAUCGAUUUAAACAAUUUGGAGUUAUUCAAACAAUGUUCGUUAUUUAUUCCGAUAGAGAUACAGAUAAUCAUUUGUCCUUAAUGAUCGACAAUGUUCAUAUUUUUCAAACUCAAGAGUCAAUGUUUGAACUUUUAGAAAAACGAAUUGAAGAAAUUGAGGAACGAAAUUUGAAUGAUGGUUUAUUUACAACGUUCUGUCAAAAGGAAAAAUCAUUGAAAGAUGUUCGAGAGGAUUUGGCAACAUUUGUUUGGACUCACACAGUUAAAGUUCAAUUGAUGAGUAUGCCUCAUGACUCCCUUGAAGCCAAACGUCAUAUGUUAAGUGAAUGUCGUGCUUAUUAUCGAAAUGAUGCUAUCAAAUUAGCUCAAAUCGAUAAAUUUGAACGCAAAUAUCAAUCAAAAGAUGCCAUUCGUUGGUACACAAAACCUGGAUUUCUAUUUUAUCUAGUAAAUAAAGCUCUACGUAGUCAAGAUAUUUGGGUUUUGUAUAAAUUUCGCUAUUUUAUUAUUGAUUUAUGCCAUUGUUUGGAACAAAUUUCCAGUUCACAGUCUUUUUCAUCGAUUCGUCUUUAUCGUGGAACAAAACUCAAUCGAGACGAACUCGAACAACUCCAUAUUGGUUGUCUUAUAUCAACGAACGGAUUUCUCUCAUGUUCAUCUGAUCGUAAUGUAGCCGAAAUGUUUAUCGGUAUUGAUCUUAUGAUUGACAGAUCGUCAACUCACAAUCGAGAUGCAUGGCAACAAUUUGUAUUGUUUAUCAUCGAUGUCGAUCGUAGAACAUCGACAAAUACUGUUGUAGCAGAUACGAAAAUGCUUGUUGACCACCAAGGAUACGCUCAGACUCUGCAUACAAUGGGUUUAGUGCAUCGUGCUCUGGGUGACGAUAAAAAAGCAUUGAUUUAUCUUCAACAAGCAUUGCAAAAACAAUAUUCAUUACUUGUUAAAGAUCAUCCUUAUCUGGCAUCUACUUAUUAUCAACUUAGUCUCAUACAUAAUGAUCGUGGUGAAUCUGAAACUGCACUUGAUUAUAUUCAAAAAGCUUUAAGUAUACAAUUGAUGAAACUACCACAUCAUCAUUCCGAACUGAAAUUAUCAAGAGAACUUUUUCGACGCCUUGAACAAUCUCAAUAA